AUGAUUCUGAUAGGCACUGACAAUUGGUCGGAAGGCAUGUGGGCUCGAGAACAUAAGGCUGAGUAUGACGAUUGGGGGGAAGUCCUGCUAUAUUUCAAGAAAGCCGAGACUAUAGCUGACCCCGGAGUUGACACGUCACAGCACGGAGUAGACGGGCCCAUCAUCUCAACAGGUGUCUGGACCACCGGGCGGCAUUUCCCUCUCCGAGAGCCCAUACGCAAAGCAUGGGCCGAGCUAGGAGUUAGUUCCAACCCGGACCCUAACCGUGGCGACUUGAUAGGCGUUGGCGAAGUUAGUGAGAACCGCAAGAAUGGACUCCGUCAAAUCUCAAGCUCGGCGUAUUCAUUGAAGGGUGUGACAGUCUUCAUUGACACUUUGGUCAAAAGGGUUCUCAUCUCCAAGGACGGAGAGACCCUGCGAGCAACGGGUAUUGAGUGUGCAAGUGGCUCCGCAUACUUGGCAUCGAAAGAAGUCAUUCUGUCCGCCGGAGCAUACCGGACACCACAGCUCCUCAUGCUCUCCGGUCUGGGUCCAAAGGACCAUCUGGCUUCGAACAGCAUCGAAACAGUCUUGGACCUUCCGGACAAAGCGAUUGAACGGGACGAAGGCAGAGUCCCGACAGCCUCCCACCCACUAUUGAAGACCACUCGAGCUUUCAUCGGGACAUUGAUCACAUACGCAGUGGCGUAUCCUCUGUAUCCAGUUAAUGGCCCCGGCGGAUCCCAUAUUACCACUCUUCUGAUGGCCGUCCAGCUAACGUCCAAAGGGAGCGUUCGGCUGGCAUCUGCCGGUCCGAUCGAUAGCCCGCUCAUUGAUCCUAACCUUUACGCUACAGAGGUCGAUCGUUAUGCCAUCCGGCAGGGCGUGCGAGAUAUAGCAAAAUUGUUACUGGAAACAACAAAUUGCAAGCGCUUCGUUCUCAAAGAAAAGGCACCGGAUUCUUUCCCGCCUUUGUUAGCGAACGCAAGUGAUGCGGAUAUCGAUGCUCGAAUCGCUCAUUCUGCAAUCUCCUUCUGCCAUCCCAUGGGGUCGGCCGCCAUGGGAAAGGUUGUUGACAACAAUCUGCAUGUUAAGGGAGUUGAGGGACUUAGAGUGGUGUAUGCCAGCGUGAUCCCGGUUGCCAUCUCUGCAGCUCUCCAACAAGCCGUGUAG